AUGAUUGCUUCCUGGCUGGUCGACUGUGGACUUUUCUCACAAGCAAGGGCCAGCUUACAGUACUUUGGGAACCAUCGGCGCCCAGAUGGAUCCAUCAAUGUCGGCACCAACUACCAAGGAGUGGACACACCCAGCCAGGGCCGGUAUGUUCUCUACUAUGAGAUUGUGAAAACAGAACUGGAUGGGACACAGCCUGAACCAAAACCCCUCAAACUGAAGACGGUCAGAAUCAUGUCCAUUGCAGGAGUUGGGACUGGGAGCGGCAGUGACCUGAGGUUUGAGGUGUUUGUCUACAGACAGAAAGCCUUGGAGUGUGACCUUGGCAACAAGGUCAACUGUAUGGUUGGACUCCACCACAGAGAGAACUGUGUUGUGGUGGAGGUGCUGAACUCCCCAGUCCUGUGUGACGACGUCAAAAUCAAGUUCUUCUCUUCAUCACUGGAUGUUCCCAAAGGCUAUGAUGACUGUGCGUUCUACUUUUGGUUCCACACGUCGUUUGUCGAAGACUGCAGGUUGUACCUCCCACGACACCAGCUGGACAACCCACACAAGCCCAAGACAUGGAAGGUGUUCGGGGAAAACUUUGGCGUGGAACUCAUCUUCACGGACGUCCCCAACUCCAUGAUUCCAAACGGAUACGGUUGACGAACAAA